UGCCUCGCGGGGGUCGCGGGGCAGCUGGUGGAGCCCAGCACGGCCCCGCCCAAGCCCAAGCCGCCCCCACUGACCAAGGAGACCGUGGUGUUCUGGGACAUGCGCCUGUGGCACGUGGUGGGCAUCUUCUCGCUCUUCGUGUUGUCCAUCAUCAUCACUCUGUGCUGCGUUUUCAACUGCCGCGUGCCACGGACCAGGAAGGAGAUCGAAGCCCGGUACCUGCAGCGAAAGGCAGCCAAGAUGUACACCGACAAGCUGGAGACCGUGCCACCCCUCAACGAGCUCACAGAGGUCCCCGGAGAUGACAAGAAGAAGAAGAAAAAGGACACUGUGGACACGGUGGCCAUCAAGGUAGAAGAAGAUGAGAAGAACGAAGCCAAGAAGAAAGGGGAGAAAUGAGGAGAGCUUCCUGGAGGUGGCGGGCCCUGGGGCUCAAGUGCUGGCCAGGGCCCAGGCACCUUGGACUCCAAGCUCAUCCAUGGACCACAAGGGUUGAAGAACAUCCUCUCUCCAUUCAGAGGGGGUUGCUGAGGUCCAUGGACAUGUCCUUAGGGCCAGUCAGGGGCAGGGACAAGACUGCAGGAGUCCUGCCUCCCAGCCUGGAUUCCGCUCCUUCUACCCCAUCCACGUGGCCACUCAGCAAAGUUGGUUUAGGGCCACUGUCCCUCUGCAGAUCCAGAGCAGCCUCACCC